UCAGGAAACUCAGAAUUUCAGAGCCCAACUUUCAGAUUUCCUCCAGUUCCUCUCUCCCUCUCUCUCUCUCUCUUUCCUUCUCGGUUGUCGAGAAAACCAGCUUUUUGAAGUUGUUUCUUUGUGGGGAUUCUAAGAUAUGGAUGCAACGAACUGCCAUGGAAGCAACAAGGUGGAGAGUUUCUGCGUGAGUGAUCCGCUGAACUGGGGAAUGGCUGCGGAGACGUUGAAGGGAAGCCAUUUGGAUGAAGUGAAGCGCAUGGUGGCGGAGUACCGGAAGCCGGUUGUUCGGCUCGGUGGUGAGACGCUUACGAUAUCGCAGGUGGCGGCAAUCGCCGGGCGGGAGGGGGAUGUGGGUGUGGAGUUGUCGGAGACGGCGAGAGCGGGCGUGAACGCGAGCAGUGAGUGGGUGAUGGAGAGCAUGAGCAAAGGCACCGACAGCUAUGGUGUCACCACUGGGUUUGGUGCCACUUCACAUAGGAGAACCAAACAAGGUGGUGCCCUGCAGAAGGAGCUCAUCAGGUUCUUGAAUGCUGGGAUAUUUGGGAACGGAAGAGAGUCAUGCCACACACUGCCUCACUCAGCAACAAGAGCCGCCAUGCUCGUGAGGAUCAACACCCUCCUCCAAGGCUACUCCGGCAUCAGAUUUGAGAUUCUGGAAGCAAUCACCAAGCUCCUCAAUCACAACAUCACUCCAUGCUUGCCUCUGCGUGGCACCGUCACUGCCUCCGGAGACCUGGUUCCUCUCUCCUACAUCGCUGGUCUUCUCACCGGCAGGCCUAAUUCCAAAGCUGUCGGACCUUCCGGUGAAGUUGUCAAUGCCGAAGAGGCCUUUAAAAUGGCUGGGAUCGAGUCGGGAUUUUUUGAGUUGCAGCCUAAGGAAGGCCUGGCUCUUGUUAAUGGCACUGCAGUUGGCUCUGGCUUGGCCUCUAUGGUGCUUUUUGAGACCAAUGUGCUGGCAGUUUUGUCUGAAGUUUUAUCCGCUAUUUUUGCUGAAGUGAUGCAGGGGAAGCCCGAAUUCACUGACCACUUGACUCACAAAUUGAAGCACCACCCUGGCCAAAUCGAGGCUGCAGCCAUUAUGGAGCACAUUCUAGAUGGAAGCUCUUAUGUGAAAGAAGCUAAGAAGCUACAUGAGAUGGAUCCUCUGCAGAAGCCGAAGCAAGAUCGAUAUGCUCUCAGGACUUCACCUCAAUGGCUUGGCCCACAGAUUGAAGUCAUCCGAGCAUCAACUAAAUCCAUCGAACGGGAGAUCAACUCUGUGAAUGAUAACCCCUUGAUCGAUGUUUCCAGGAACAAGGCUCUACAUGGUGGCAACUUCCAGGGGACCCCAAUUGGAGUCUCCAUGGACAACACCCGCUUGGCCAUUGCAGCCAUUGGGAAGCUUAUGUUUGCCCAGUUCUCAGAGCUUGUCAAUGACUUCUACAACAAUGGAUUGCCAUCAAAUCUCUCUGGAAGCCGAAACCCGAGUCUGGAUUAUGGUUUCAAGGGAGCAGAAAUUGCCAUGGCUUCCUACUGUUCAGAGCUCCAGUUCUUGGCCAAUCCUGUUACCAACCAUGUCCAAAGUGCUGAGCAACACAACCAAGAUGUGAACUCCUUGGGCUUAAUCUCCUCCAGGAAAACAGCUGAAGCGGUGGAUAUCUUGAAGCUCAUGUCUACCACAUACCUAGUGGCACUCUGCCAGGCCAUUGAUUUGAGGCAUUUGGAGGAGAAUUUGAAGAGCACUGUGAAGAAGACUGUAAGCCACGUAGCUAAGAAGACUCUAACCACUGGAGCCAAUGGAGGACUCCAUCCAUCGAGAUUCUGCGAGAAGGACUUGCUAAAAGUGGUGGAUAGGGAACAUGUAUUCGCCUACAUCGAUGACCCCUGCAGCGCCACAUAUCCACUGAUGCAGAAGUUAAGGCAAGUUCUGGUGGAACAUGCGCUGAGCAAUGGUGAAAAUGAGAAGAAUGGCAGCACCUCAAUCUUCCAAAAAAUAGUGGCAUUCGAGGAGGAGUUGAAGGCCGUUUUGCCCAAAGAGGUUGAGAGCGCAAGAGGUGGUGUGGAGAGUGGAAACCCAUCCAUUCCGAACCGAAUCAAGGAGUGCAGGUCAUACCCAUUGUACAAGUUUGUGAGGGAGGAGCUGGGAACAGGGCUGCUGACUGGUGAAGAGGUGAGGUCACCAGGGGAGGAGUUUGACAAGGUGUUUACUGCAAUGUGUGAGGGGAAGAUCAUCGACCCUCUUCUGGAUUGUCUCAGUGCUUGGAACGGUGCACCUCUCCCAAUCUGCUAGGGGAUUUCACCCUUCCACAUACUCUUUAUUUUCCACUUCCAAUUUUCUUUCAUCUCUGUUUGUAAAACUUGAGAUUGUCUGCACACCUUCAAUUUUCUGAUACAAAAAUUGUUUAUAUUAAUUGUUGGCUAUAUGGAAGCUCUGAUAGCAAUUUGUUGGAGUAAAUGGAUUGUUGUAAUUAAAAAUAUCUACAAUUUGAACUCUUAUACCAAUAUUUUGGAAUAAUGGGAUUGUAGUAAAAAUAUCAACAAUUUGACCUUGA